CGUCACGCGGCGUGGGCGGGGCCGCAGGGGGUUGUCCGCCCGCGGCACGCACAGCAGCCGCAGCCGCCUCGCGCCCGGUCGCACGGUCGCAGCUCGUGCCGUCUCCUCCUCCUCCUCCUUGUCCUCGCCGCCUCGGCCGCCCCAGCCUCGGGCUUCGUGGGUCGGUACCUUCCGGCACACGAGUUCCAGCCGUAGCCGCUCCCCUCUCUCCGUCCUUCCAAAGCCCUUCAGGCCACUCCGGUCUCCUCCUGACCCAGCCCCGCGAAGAUGGUGGACCGCGAGCAACUGGUGCAGAAAGCCCGGCUGGCCGAGCAGGCGGAGCGCUACGACGACAUGGCCGCGGCCAUGAAGAACGUCACAGAGCUCAACGAGCCGUUGUCCAAUGAAGAACGCAACCUGCUUUCUGUGGCCUACAAGAAUGUCGUUGGGGCGCGCCGGUCCUCCUGGCGAGUCAUCAGCAGCAUUGAGCAGAAGACGUCCGCCGAUGGCAAUGAGAAGAAGAUCGAGAUGGUGCGUGCGUACCGUGAGAAGAUCGAGAAGGAGCUGGAAGCUGUGUGCCAGGACGUACUGAGCCUGCUCGAUAACUACCUGAUCAAGAACUGCAGCGAGACCCAGUACGAGAGCAAGGUGUUCUACCUGAAGAUGAAAGGGGACUAUUACCGCUACCUGGCCGAGGUGGCCACUGGCGAGAAGCGGGCCACCGUGGUGGAGUCCUCGGAGAAGGCCUACAGCGAGGCGCAUGAGAUCAGCAAGGAGCACAUGCAGCCCACGCACCCCAUCCGCCUGGGCCUGGCCCUCAACUACUCCGUGUUCUACUACGAGAUCCAGAAUGCACCCGAGCAGGCGUGCCACCUGGCCAAGACGGCCUUCGACGACGCCAUCGCCGAGCUGGACACCCUCAACGAGGACUCCUACAAGGACUCAACCCUCAUCAUGCAGCUGCUGCGCGACAACCUCACGCUCUGGACGAGCGACCAGCAAGAUGACGACGGCGGCGAGGGCAACAAUUAAGGCCCCAGGUGGACUCGCAGCGCACGCGGAUGCUACUACUGCAGUCUUUAUUUUUUUCCCAUGAGUUGGGGGUCGGGUGGGGGAGGGAGAGGGAGGGCUAACCUUCCCAGGGAGAAACCCACGACCUGUCCUGUCUUGGAUCGCCUCUUUGACAUUUUUGCCAAAUUACCACUAGUGGAAAGUCAGGCUAGCCGUGCUGGUGUGGGAGGAGCAGCCUCCCACGGGCCCACGGACUGCUCUGUAGAUGGAUGUGAGUGGAGCUGUCUCUAAGUUAACUUAUUUGCUAGGAAGAAGGGUUUAAGACGAAAAGCAAGCCUCAGUGGAGUGGCCCUCACUCAGUAAGUUCUGUGGUUCCAGUAAGGACUUCUCUGUACAUACGCUCUUGUCUUAAGUUUCUGGUACUUUCCAUCUCAUCUCUUUGAGCUGUGUGUGUUUUCAGGGUGUGCUCUACCUACCAGACAGGGAGACGGCCUGAACCCCAAACGCACAGACCCUGAGGAACGUGAGGUGCGUGCCUCCUGACGGUUUAGGCCUCGUUGGUUUUCGGCAGUCUUGGAUGAGUUGACAGUAUUAACACUAAAUCGCAGUUUACAGUAUUUCUACAUUACAGCCAUACGUAACAUCAAGCCAUCAACUGUGUGUUUUUCUUUGCUAGUUAUUUUGGCUUCACAUCCUUGUCCUGCCUUCUCCGGGUCGGUUUUGCUGUUUUCUCUGUCUCCCCAAGACUGGCCUGAGGAGAACCAAAGCUACAUCAGGCUUGGCAGCAGGUGCUCAGCAGGUGGCUGUGGGAAAUUUUUUUGGGGGGGGAGGGGUCCUUCUUUCCUCUUAAGGUAAAUCCACCACGCACACAAAAAAAUUAUUGAUCAUUUUAAUAGAAACAUAAAACACCACAAAAAUUGAGAAAAUUCAGGUCUGUAUGUCAUUUCUCGUGUUGAUUUUUUUUUUUUUCCCGGAGAAGGUCCUGCUUUUGAAGCAGCCACCAACCCACCUCAUCCCUCUUCCUCCCUGCUGACGCCAUAGGCUCCCUCCGUCUUCCCCACCUGUCCCUGGUGCCUCAGGGCCCACAGCCGGGCCCAGAAAGCUCCGGAGUGAGUUGGUGGGGUGGGGUGUGAAAAUUCAGGUGCUAGGAGAACCUGACAGGAGGGGCUCGCUCUGUUCAUCUCUGCCUCGUUCGUGUCCGUUCCUCCUACCUGAAAAGCAGGAAGGGAAACCAAGUCAUUGCCAGGUGACACAGGCAGGGCUUCGUGAUGAUCUUUGGGUUUUUUGGUUUGUUUGUUUUUAAUUAUUAUUUUUUGGAAAAUAGGAUUAAAAGAUGAGUUAAUUUUGGAGCAAGAGAUCUUGAAGACCAUGCCUACUGCCUUCUGAAAAAAAUUGUGGAAAAAUGCAUGUUAUCUUUUAGUUCCAUUUUUUUUCCUUCCCCCCCGGCAAAUGUCGACUCGAGUUUUCAGCGGUUUAUCACGAAGCAUGGCAGUCAGGGGUUCACUUUCUCUCUUGUGCAGUUGCACACAUCUUGGAAUUGAAGGAAAUGGCAUUACUCUUUCCAGAACCCUGUUGAGUUAGCUUUAGGCGUGUGUCUGUCUGUACAAACGUGACCUGUUGCAUGUGUGUUCAGGUGUGUGUGCGUGUGUUGUGUGUUUGGAAGUCAGUACCCGUGUGAACUCCCGAGCUAGGUAGCGACUCCAGGACUUCCUCUGCUGUGUCAGGCUAGCUCAGAUGUGAGCAGCGACGGGGGAAGAGGCUGGCAGGUGGAGCUCACCCGUAGGAGCGUGUUGGCGAGGAUACAGGGCACGGAAGAGGAGCGGGCACGCAUGUCGUUGGAGCUGUGGGGUCACGUGGGUGGCCCCUGCUCAGCUGGAGUGGAGGGCCCGGGGCUCUGCCCGAUCCAUCUUCGUGUCCACUGAGCAGUGUCCUUCCUGUAGCAUUUAAAAGUGAUUUACUGGAAUUACAAAACCUACCCUGUUUUUCCUUUCCAUUUCAGCUUUGGCUCUGGCUGCUUUUUUAGAUUUGCGCGAGAGAAAAACCCUAUCCGAGGGCUGGAAAAUAAAGGGGAUGGGAGACUUGGCAUUUAAGCAGCUCAAAAGGUUUCUUUCCUUUUCUUUAUUUUUAAAGAAACGCACUUGCCUAUGAUACCGUCUCUGGUGAAAUGAACACUCCUCCAUUACUCUCUUGAUACGAUAUUGUGCAUGCUAGUGUUGUAUUUCUAUACAGUAGCUUGAAAUUUAUUAACUUAUACUGUAGGUGUUACGUAUUCCUAUGACAAAAAAAAUUAAGUCUUCAAAAAAUUUUUUCUAAGGUUUUUUUUUUAUUUAAUUUUUUUCCUUUUGGGGGUAAAGUUUGCUCUAUCAAAUAGUGAUCGUAAGCAAUUGAUCUGUUUUGGUUGUUGCUAUAGUGACAUGCAGUUCUAUAUUUUGUUUUCUUUUUCUUUUUUUUUUUUUUUUAAGGGGGGGAGCAAAAGAAACACCAGUGUUAGCUUAAUCUCGAUGUCUGGUGUUUGUCAUGGUGACAUUAUAGCUAUUGCCGUGUCGGGGGCCGCCGCGCGCGCCCCCCGAGUGCGCCUGUGCUUCUUGUCCUGGUCCGCGGUGAACUCUCUUCAAGGUCUAAUCAGUGAUUUUUUUUCUCCAGCUCCGUGUUUCUCUAAGGAAUUCUUUCCCACACGGACCAUUCUUAGCAGUUUUCCUCAGUGAUGGAAUAUCAUGAAUGUGAGUCAUUAUGUAGCUGUCGUACAUUGAGCAAAUAAACUUACAGAUCUGA